AUGUCUCUCACAGAAAUCAACCAAGCGCCGCCAGAAGAGCCCAUCUCCAUCCCCUCCAACCGCGAUGGUGUCGCCUAUCUGUACGGCCACCCUCUUCUGAACUCUCUCUCUCCGCCUCUCCAUCAGACAGUCUACAAUGCGCUCGGCCUCAAUUGGACCCAAAUCCCCCUAUCCAGCGUGUCUGGCUCAUCAGAGACAUACCCGCCCCCAUACACACGGUCGCCACCAAUUGAGAAAUACCUAGCAUCGAUCAAGUCCAAUCCCAAAUUCGUCGGCUCGUCCGUGACGAUGCCUCACAAGCACGCCCGCCAAGCCGGCGCCUGCAACACCAUCUUCCUUCGCGAUGACCCAACAACCGGUCAGCGCCAGUACGUCGGCACCAACACCGACUGCGACGGCAUCCGGGAAGCCCUUACACAGAACGCACCUGACCCAUCCCGUUUCCGCGGCCGGCCUGCGCUCAUCAUCGGCGGUGGUGGCACUGCCCGCACUGCCAUCUACGUUAUGCGUCGCUGGCUCGGCUCCAGUCGCAUCUACGUCGUCAACCGCGACGCCGCCGAGGUCGCCGCCAUCCUCGAGGAAGACCGUCGUCGUAACCCCGACCCUAAUGCCCAGGCUCCCCUUAUCCCCGUCACUGACCCUGCCGACGCGGCCCGUCUCGAGGCCCCCGCGGCUAUUGUCUCUGGUAUUCCCAACUACCCUCCGAAAUCUCCUGAGGAGCUCCGCGCUCGCGCUAUCAUCCAGGCUUUCUUGGGUACUGCUGCUGAUGCAGACAAGCAGCAGGGUGUUAUCUUGGAGAUGUGCUACCACCCCACGCCAUGGACUGAGAUCGCUCACUUGGCUUCUGCUGGCGGGUGGAAGGUCAUCCUUGGCUCUGAGGCUCUGAUUUGGCAGGGUCUCGAGCAGGCCCGUCUUUGGACUGGAAUGGAUGUCAUCGGUACUCCUGGCCUUGUGAAACAGGUUAAAGACCUUGUUGCGAAGACCAUCGCUGAACGGGAAUCUGCGAAGUCUAGCCUGUGA